CUGCAUCAUGGCUCCACGUUGUGUUCUGCUGGUUGUGUGCUGUUGUGCGUUCAGCGCUGGGACUUCAACUGAAUGGUUCCGCAACAUUUCUACCAGCCUCUUCCAUUUGAAUGGGGACAUCAAGCUUGGGGGGCUAUUUCCCAUCAACGAGCUCUCCAGCAACCUCAGCGACAGGAAGGAGCCUAACGCCAUCAGAUGUGAAAGAAUUAAUACCUUUGGACUGGGUCUCGCUGUAGUAAUGAAAUAUGCAGUGGAUGAGAUCAACGGAAACCAAAGUCUGCUCCCUGGCAUCAAGUUAGGUUAUGAAAUCUAUGACACAUGCAGACAAUCUGCCGUCGUCGUGAAGCCCACAAUCUCCUUCCUAACGGCAAAUUCCACCAAAGCACUAUCUGUGAAGUGUAAUUACACCAACUAUGAGACCAGCAUAUCGGCUGUGAUUGGUCCUUAUAGCUCAGAAAUGGUGGCGGUCAUCGGAAAACUUCUCGGAUUCUUUCUCAUGCCACAGAUUAGCUUUGGGGCUACGAGUGAAAAAUUCAGUGAUAACCUCCUGUACCCGUCAUUCUUCCGUACGGUGCCUAGUGACAAAUGGCAAGUUGAAGUCAUGGCACUACUGAUAAAAAAGUUUGAGUGGAACUGGGUGGCGGUGGUUGGCAGCGAAGAGGAGUAUGGACAACGAGGUGCGCAGGAGUUCUCCAAAAUAGCAGAAAACAUGUCUGUCUGUGUGGCCUAUCAAGGCCUGAUUCCAGUUUACAGGAACCCUGACUCAGCGAUCGCAACCAUCAUUGACAAUAUUAAAACCACCAAGGUUAAAGUGGUAGUGGUGUUCGCUCUCGUGCAGCAGGUUGAGUUAUUUUUUAAAGAGGUAAUCCGGAAUAAUGUAUCCGGUGUGUGGAUUGCCAGCACAAGCUGGGCCAUUCAUGAUCAACUACUUUCUCUUCCCAACAUCCACACAGUUGGUACAAUCAUUGGAUUCACUGAUGAGACACAGACCCUGGAUCUGUUGACCCCUUACACACAGGAACUCUUUAACAAAAUAAGUAAGGAGAGGGGAAAGAUGUCCCAUCCAGAGCCAGCGCCUAACCAGCCCAAUAAUCCCUGCCCACAAUGCUGGAACUUGUCACCUGCUAAUAUUAGCUUGGUGAAUGAUACGGUGGUGCAGAGAUCUGCUUUCAGUGUGUAUGCUGCCAUCUACAGUGCAGCACACGCACUGCACAACCUGCUUGAAUGCAAUUCAACUGCUUGUCAGUGGGGACCUGAAACAAAAAUCUAUCCCUGGAAGCUGUUGAAGGUUUUGAGGAACACUUCCGUCGAUUUCAAUGGCACACGGUUAGUGUUCGACAGUAAUGGCAAUCCAAAUAUUGGAUACAAAGUAAUUCAGUGGGUCUGGACACGCUCACAUGUGGACAUUAAAACGGUUGGAAAAUUUUAUAAAGAACUAUCUCUCAACAAGUCUGACAUCACAUGGCACACUGAAAACUCUGAGGUUCCUCAGUCCACUUGUUCAGCAGCCUGUGAACAAGGCCAGGUCCACAGAGUCAAAGGCUUCCAUUCUUGCUGUUUUGACUGUAUUGACUGCAAGCCUGGCACUUACAAGGCAAAUGAGGAUGACAUCCAGUGCACUGAGUGUCUUAAAGGUCAGUGGUCCGAGAUCCGCAGCACUAAUUGCACCGACCCCACCUUUAAACAUUUGUCCUGGGACACACCUGAGGCCCUGCAAAUGAUGCUGUUUGGGGCUCUGCUGCUGGUUUGCCAGGGGGCAGUGGGUGUCGUGUUCCUGAUGCACAGAGGGACCCCACUGGUUACAGCCUCAGGGGGAGCCCUUAGUUUUGUGGCCCUGCUCAGCCUGAUGGGAGCCUCUUUAAGUCUCCUGCUCUUCCUCGGAGAACCGGGAGAUGUGGUGUGUCGUCUUCAGCUGCCACUCACAUCCAUUUUCCAAACUAUCCCCAUCUCCAUUAUCAUGUCACUGUCGCUACAGAUAUUUUACGUGACGGAGUUCCCAAAGAUGGCUGCCUCUCACCUACAUAUAUUACGAGGCCCUGGGAGCUGGCUGUUUGUGCUGGUCUGCUUUGCUGUGCAGGCUGGUCUCAGUGGCUGGUACGUUAGAGACGGACCAACGCUGUCUGAAUACGUUGCUAAUAUGACAGUAACCUUUGUGACUUCAUUCCUGGCAUGUCCUGUGGAUCCUCUGCUUGGAUUUGCCUUGAUGCAAGGUUUAAAUGGUGCAAUGGCCCUUGUUUCAUUCAUGUCCACCUUCAUGGCAGUGAAGCCUCUUCAUCAGUACAACCUGGCCAGAGACAUCACCUUUUCCACCCUGAUUUACUGUGUGUUUUGGGUUAUCUUCAUUCCAAUCUACAUAGGCUUGACCGACAAGAAUAAAUCUAUUGUCCAUGUUUAUUUCACACUGGCCAGCAACUUAGGGCUGUUGGCUGCCUACUACUUCCCAAAAUGCUACUUUCUCUUAAGGAGACCUGAGCUAAAUACACCAAAACACUUCUGUACUUUCUUAGAGGGCGUCCCACCAACACCAGUUCAGGAGGAGCAACAGCCACAGUCACAGUCACAGUCGGGGUGAUAAACAUGGACUCAAUUUUAGGAAUAAAACCAGCUACAAUGUCAUUUCAUGAAUAAAACAAUCCAUAAGAAUACCAAAUAAUCACAUAUUUUGGAAAUGCUUUGUAUGUUCAGUUAAUAAUGAAUGUUUAUGUAAGAAAGCAUUUUUAAAACUUAGACCUAAAGAUGUAUAUUGCAUUAGGACAUAUAGGUUGUGUUGCUGAAUGACACUGUAAUGAUGUAAAAAUAGUGUGUGGAUUUUCAUAGUAACCGUAUGAAAUGUGUUGGUAUUAUUUUUCAAGAACAUUUUUGUGGUUUCUGUUACGAAUAUCGAUGUUGAUAACAACUACACAAACUGAACAAAAAUAAGUUGCUGAAAUAAAACAUA